UCACACCUGGGGUUGAGUAAAUGUACUCAAUUCAAUCACUGACAUACAGAAUACUGGGAAAUUAUACUGAGGUGAAAGCAAGUAGUAAGUUACAUAAAUUACAUCAAUGUUAUGUAACGCGCGAGAUCAUCUACACAGCCUGAGCCCCGCCCCUUUCUGCAGGUGUGAAUCUCAGCACGUGACCGAGACUCGGAGUCGGUUCCUGGUUUUCACAGAAGGCGGUUAAACAAAAUUCCUCUUUACUUCGAGCUUAAACCUGGAGUUUUGGAUUGUAACACUUAAACAAAUGACCGUAUCAUCAUCAUCAUCAUCAUAGCUACUAUGAGUGAGACCAGAGGUCACCAUGGGAACCAGCGGAGACAGGAAGGGGGCUACAGAGAAAAUCGUCAACAACGGACGCGACCAUCUUCCAGCAACAGAUCACCUGCUAGGCCCCAGAACAGCACCAGAAACGUGUCAUCCAGUUCCCAACAUGCGAGAAGGUCGACUUCAGAAGAUCACGGAUCACAAUGUACACACAUUUGCUCCAGGAGGGGUAUUGUGCUAAUGUGCGCUUUUUUGUGCAACCUGUUGGUGUUGUUUUGUGUUGUUGCUGCUUACGUGACACUGUCAGGCAUGUCUGCUAUGAAUUUUGGAGGAGGCGGGAGUUUUGUCGACGUGAUCAUCCCUUUUGAAGGGACAGAGCUUCAGAAGGUGCGUGAACUUGACAUGCAGUUUACACAAAUGAGAGCUCCUGGACUCUAUGGCGGCUUGGCUUUCAGCAUCACCUUCGGCAUUCUCUCACUUUUCUUCGUCGUAUCAGGCAACAAGCCUCCCUAUGUGCUUCCACGAAAGCUCCUUAUUGGUCAGUUUGCAUUUCAGCUGAUAGGAGCAGUGGCUUAUGUCACUGCAGUGGGCCUGUAUCUACAUUUUGUGAUCAAGGUGAACUCGACGGAUGUGUGUUUAACGCGAGAACGACUCUACGCACGUAACGGACAGACUUGGAUGAACUGUAACGUGAAUGGUGCAGACGGAUCUGUGGCAUUGUUUGGAAUUAUACUGGUCAUUUUGUAUGCCGCGGGAGCCUUUAUCACUUUUAGAACAAUUAGAAAUGUGCGCCAGUACAAUAAAGAGCGUGUUCGCUAUGAAGCUGAGAGACCUAAACGACCGCAAAGUACCCAAGACACAACCAUGCAGUCAGGCAUCUAUAUCUGAGCUUCAGAAAAAAACAGCACUACU